AGCUGCUGUCGCAGCAGUGGGCUGUGGGCAUGAGCCUGCUGAUGGCCCUGGUGGUGCUGCUCAUCGUGGCCGGUAACGUGCUGGUGAUCGCGGCCAUCGGGCGCACGCAGCGGCUGCAGACCCUCACCAACCUCUUCAUCACCUCGCUGGCCUGCGCGGACCUGGUGAUGGGGCUGCUGGUGGUGCCCUUCGGGGCCACCCUGGUGGUGCGGGGCACCUGGCUCUGGGGAUCCUUCCUCUGCGAGUGCUGGACCUCCCUGGACGUGCUCUGCGUGACGGCCAGCAUCGAGACCUUGUGCGUCAUCGCCAUCGACCGCUACCUGGCCAUCACCUCGCCUUUCCGCUACCAGAGUCUCAUGACCAAGGGCCGGGCCAAGGGCAUCAUCUGCACCGUCUGGGCCAUCUCAGCCCUGGUCUCCUUCUUGCCCAUCAUGAUGCACUGGUGGCGGGACGAGGACCCCCAGGCCUUGGAGUGCUACCAGGACCCUGGCUGCUGCGACUUCGUCACCAACAGGGCUUAUGCCAUCGCCUCGUCCAUCAUUUCUUUCUACAUCCCCCUUCUCAUCAUGAUCUUUGUGUACCUCCGGGUGUACAGGGAGGCCAAGGAGCAGAUCAGGAAGAUCGAUAAGUGCGAGGGCCGAUUCUACAGCAGCCACGAGCAGCCACAGCCGCCGCCACCCCCUCACCCUCACCACCAGCCCAUCCUCGGCAACGGCCGAGCCAGCAAGAGGAAGACCUCCCGCAUCAUGGCCAUGAAGGAGCAGAAAGCCCUCAAGACUUUGGGCAUCAUCAUGGGGGUGUUCACCCUCUGCUGGCUCCCUUUCUUCCUGGUGAACAUCGUCAACGUCUUCAACAGGGACCUGGUGCCGGACUGGCUCUUUGUUUUCUUCAACUGGCUGGGCUACGCCAACUCCGCUUUCAACCCCAUCAUCUACUGCCGCAGCCCCGACUUCCGUAAGGCCUUCAAGAGGCUGCUCUGCUGCCCCUGGAAAGCUGACCGGCGGCUGCACGCCAGCGGUGGGGAGCUGGCCCCGCUGCCCGGGGGCUUCAUCAGCACCGUGGGCUCCCCCGAGCGCAGCCUGGGAGGGACCUGGUCUGACUGCAACGGGGGCACGCGGGGCGGCAGCGAGUCCAGCCUGGAGGAAAGAAAUAGCAAAACGUCCGAUUCGGAGUCCAAGGUAGAUGAACAGGGGGGAAAAAAAAUCCUGGCAACAACAGAAAUUUACUGCACAUUUUUAAAAAAAGCGACAAAGCCAUUUUUUUGCACAGUGUUAGGAGUUGUAAAGUUAUUUGAAGAUGAUACUUGCACACACAUACACACGCAAAUUAAAAAUGAAACAGAGGUUUGAGUAACACUGACCCUGAACCUGAUUUCUGGUUUUGUCUGAUCUGUUAUAGUUUUAUUGAGAGAGUGACUUUUUUAAUAUUAUUUUAUGAAGGUACUGUAAAUAUAUCCAUAUUAUAAAUUAAAAUAUCUUAAGAGACUUUAUUAUUUUUAUUUUUAUUUCCAAAUGCCCACGUGAAUCUGCUGUUAUUUUAGCACUUGUGUGUCAUUUCCAUUUUCCUCUCUGUGUGUGUUUUAUAACAUAUUUAUACUCUGGUGCAAUUUACUACUGUGUAAGUAAUUGGUCUAUGUGCAAUAAAUACCA